AUGUCGGCCGUUCACGCGCUUUUUCCCCGGCAGACCUCGUUCACCCCGGAUGCCAGUCUAUCAAAAGGAGAGCAGGUCCUCCAGUUGAUUGCAAAUCCAUUUCAAGCUUCACUUCAAACAGGUGCCUUUUGGGCCUCCCUUGCAACGUCUCUAGGACUCAGUGCCGGGCUCGCUCUCCUAUUUUGCCUUAUUCGACCUCGAAAUAAUGUUGUUUAUGCUCCCAGACUGAAAAAUGCGGAUAAAGAUCAUGCUCCACCACCGUUGGGGAAGGGGUUGUUCAGUUGGGUUGCACCCGUCAGAAAAGCAUCGGAACCCUACCUGAUAGAGAGAAUCGGGAUGGAUGCAGUCAUCUUCCUGCGGUUCACUCGAAUGCUGCGAAACAUGUUCCUGGUACUGGGUCUGAUUGGCAUUGUUGUCAUGAUUCCCGUCAACGUUACACAAGGGAACAAGGCUAUCACAAAGGGUUUGAGCGUCUUCGCCGUCAUGACCCCCUUAUUCACAUUCGGACGAGGUCUGUGGGCUCAGGUUGUCGUGGCGUGGCUGAUUGAUUUGGUGGUGAUAUACUUUCUCUGGCACAAUUACCGUCGAAUCCAUCACCUGCGACGACUCUACCUUGAAAGCCCCGAAUAUCAGAAGAGUCUACAUGCCCGGACAAUAUUGAUUCGAGACAUCCCAGCCAAUCUGCGAACCAAGGACGGUAUUGUUCGAAUUACUGAAGAGAUCAAUCCAACCGGCACUGUUCCGAAGACGUCCAUUGGACGCAACGUCAAGGUGCUACCGGAUUUGAUCGAAGAACACGAAAAGGCUGUCAGGGAACUUGAGUCGAUUCUGGCAAAGUAUCUGAAGAACCCGGAUAGGCUGCCACCAAACCGACCAACCAUCAAAGCCCCCAGCAAGUACCGUGGUCAGACGACAAACGGCAAAGUCGAUGCCAUUGAGUAUCUCACGGACCGUAUCCGAUCUCUCGAGAUGGAAAUUAAUGAUAUUCGAGAGCGCGUGGACAAUCGUGAUGCCAUGUCCUACGGUUUUGCUAGCUGGGAACAGAUUUCGGAGGCGCACACAGUCGCAUUCCAGGCACGGAACAAGCGACCUCAUGGUACCAAGAUUCGCUUAGCACCGAGACCCAACGACCUUAUUUGGGACAAUCUCAAACUGUCGCGAUCUUCGCGGAGGAGCAAGCGGAUAAUGAAUGGCAUCUGGAUCGCCGUCCUAACGAUCAUCUGGACUCCCAUCAACGCCGGAAUUGCGGUCUUCCUCUCCAAUCUGUCAAACCUGGGUCUCGUCUGGCCAGCUUUCAGAACUCAACUGGAAGCACAUCAUACGGGCUGGGCCAUCGUCCAGGGUAUUGCUGCCCCGGCUCUUACUUCGCUCGUUUAUCUCUUGCUCCCGAGCAUCUUUCGGCGGCUUCAAGUCCGGGCCGGUGAUGUGACCAAAACCGAUCGGGACCGACACGUCUUUCGGAACUUGUACGCCUUUUUCACUCUGAACAACUUGGUUGUAUUCUCCAUCUUUUCGGCAGUUUGGCAGUAUGUGACGAUUGUGAUCCAAUACAACAAACAGAGUAACGACCUGUGGGACGCGCUGAGAAAAGGCCAAUUCUUCCUGGUGAUCACAACGACACUCUGUCAGAUCUCGCCAUUUUGGGUCACUUGGAUCCUCCAGCGCAACCUGGGUGCCGCCACUGAUCUGGCUCAACUGUGGCAGUUAACCUACACCUGGUUUGCAAGAACCUUCUUGGCUCCGACACCUCGACAGAAUAUCGAGUGGACUGCGCCUCCAACCUUUGAUUAUGCCAGCUACUACAACUAUUUCCUAUUCUACACCACGGUGGCACUUUGCUAUUCUACACUUCAGCCGAUAGUGCUGGUUGUUACCGCAUUGUAUUUUGUCAUCGACGCAUUUCUCAAGAAAUAUCUUCUCAUGUAUGUUUUUGUCACCAAAACCGAGUCUGGCGGUCAAUUCUGGACGACGAUGUUUAACCGAAUGAUAUUCGCCACGAUACUUUCCAAUGUUGUUAUCGGUGUGGUCGUCAAAGCCAGGGGGGAAUGGACCCUCGUUGCCGCGAUUGCACCAUUGCUGGUCAUCAUGCUUGCCUUCAAAUGGUACUGUAUGAAGACUUUCGACUUGGACCUGAAGUACUACUCUCGGGGUGGAAUGCACGAUCAAGAACGCCUUGCGGUGGAGGCGAAGCCGAGGGAAUCUGAGAAGGUUUCAUUCAAAUUCGGGCACCCGGCUCUAUAUCAACCCCUGAUGACGCCAAUGGUCCAUGCUAAGGCCAGGCACGUCCUUGCUGAGAUCUACCGUGGCCGACUACAGUCUGAUGGAGGACAAUCUAUGCCCAUUUCGGAUAUCGCCAUGCAGCCAAUGACUCAGACGAGCAAGCCACCUCAGGACGUCCCUUUCGAAUUUGUCCCUGAGGCUCAUCAAGACUUCAAAUUCUAUAAAAAUCGCGAGGACUUCCGCCAAGAGGCGGGUGAUAUGCUCUCCUCCUCGCGAAGCCAGACCCCAGUCUCGUCAUUUGGUGGUCAGAAGGAGUCUUCGCCAUCAAGUUCCCGCGAUGUGAGCCCAGCCCCUCCGGUGAUAGCACCACAGCAAACACAUAUCCAUCGCAAGGAAUUCGACCAGUCUAAUGUCCCAAGUCAAUUCAGACACGGUCCUGCAGCUCCUUUUGUCGGGGCCAACAGUCUAGGACCGCAUCAAGGUCCUCACGCGGAUCCCUACGAUGACAGGACAAACCUGCUAGGGAGUGCGGGCGAUGUCAGAACACCGAACGGCGAGUUCAUGUCUCUUGACCAGUGGCGGACCCCAGUGGCGAGUCGGGAUGGAAGCGAAAUGGAUGGUUAUCGGGACGUGACGCCUGGGGAAGAGUUGAAUACGAAUUACGACUAUUUCAGAGGGAGACGGUGA